UUUGUUUAUUUUUAUGUCAAGAAGCCAAGUUGUUUUUUUUUUUUAAAUAUAUUUUUAUUUAUUUUUUUUGUGAUAUAAAUUUACAUAAAAAGUAAGCGAUGGUGCGAAGAUCGACGCUAGUUUACGAUUUACUGAGAAGUGAACGCCGAGAGGAUGGAUUUUCUCCGAAAGAAAUUAUUGAACGUGUGAGUCAAGAUCACAAUAUUGUACCGGGCAAAGGUUUAAAAAAACAGAUUUUCGUUGCCCUUCGUCGGGGCAUUGAUUUCGGUAUUUUGAAAAGAGAAAACAAUAAAUACAGAUUCGAUUUAGGAUUUUCGAGUAAUUCACAAAAUGUCCAAGAAGCUGGCAAGAAAAAAAAAAAACGCGCUGUUAAAAAACCGCGAGCACCGAGCGCUAAACCGCGUCGCAAACGACCGCCGCCAGCCCGAAAACAACCUCAAGAUGACAGAAUAAUCCCGAGACCCCGAAUUCCGCACCCGCCGCCAAAUUGGACUCAGAAAAAGAGAAAUUUGCGUGAAGAACCGAUGCCUAAAUAUAUCAGACACUCUCCCAACUCACCUCGUCCUAUAUAAUAUAUAUAUACUUUUGUGAAAAAUAUUUUAUCACAAUUUAUUACAAUACAAUAAUGAAAUAAAAAAAAAAAA